AUGGCAGCACCCACCGACAGGAACAUAAAAAUACGAUUUGCUUUUAGUGUUAUCGGCAUAUUAGUUGGUGCCAGCAUUUUCUUUGUGUUUGGUUUACACUAUGAAAACUGGAACACAGCUCUCUGGGGUCUACUAUCGGCUCUGGGAGCGGCUGUCACACUGUUUGUUCACGUCCAGUAUACUCGAGACGUCUGGCGAACAUUCCCGUACCGGCUCCGCUACUUCAUGUUGACCGGCUGCUUUAUACAGCUGGCUGGCGUCUGUGGCUUUGUGGCCUACCUCACCUUGGCCAUAACACAACAUCAACAUCUUAAGGCGUAUGGUAAUGGUUUCUACCUGGCCACAAUUUGGUGUUUUAUGACGUGGAAGUGGGGAUUUCUUUUGUUUUACUUCUCGCGUGCAUAUCGGCAACUGUAUCUCGACAUCUACACGAUUCUACCACAGGAAGCCAAAGAUGAUUACAAACCGUACAGUAAUUUCUGAGUUGAACCGAGGCACACGCCAGAAGUUCUGGAGUGUACCUCGGAUAAUCGUAUACAGGCCUUGUGUUUUAAAAUUUGCAGGCAAGUGAAAAACAAAGUCUGCCUAGAAGCUUAAUUUGAUUUUUUUGAGCAUCUGACCAUACCUCCUAAAAAGGACUAACCUUUUUUUUUUUUCCCCCUGCCCUCUAUGUACAGUGAAACCGGUCUAAACUGGACACCCAUGGGAUCAAGUAAAACGUCUGGUUUUAAGAUGGUCCAGUUUUGCUUUCACUUUAUUAUUAUUUUUUAAAUUUCAUAUUGACGUAGAUAAAAAGAGUACUUAAAUGUAACAUUUUAUCUAGACAUCAGGGCCUAAUUCACUAAACUAUCGCAACUUUGCGAUCUCGCAGUGCAAUGCUAAAAGACUUGUAAAGAGGAUGCUUUGUUGUCUAGCAGAGCCUAAGAGACCUUUGUGAAUUAGGCCCCAGGACUCGUAAAGAUGAAUUUAAUAACCCUCCUCCCCAACCCCCCAAAAACAACAACAACAAAAAACUCUACCUUGCCUAAAAAUAUUUUUCACAAUCUCUGAAACACUAUUAUUUUAUGAGCUCUGUGUGUAAUUUUUUUUCUUUUCACCUUUAAUAAAUAUGAGAACCCCAAACUCUAUGCCAAAGCUAAACUUUGUUUUCUAAAUAACUUGUAUCAAUUUAACAUUAUAAUGGAGAUUAUCCCUGUAAUCCAUGGUUACAUAUAUUGGCUUAAAAAUAGUGAUGUUAGUCAAAAGGAAAAACAACGUUUAGUGUUGAUAAAAUAAAUAAAAAUAUUGAAGAGACUGUAGUCGAGAAAAAUUGUUGGGCAUUUUCUUACAAUCUUUAGGCAAACAAAUGGUUUAUUGUGCUCCAUUUCACUUUAUGCAGAUAUUUCUGUAGGUAUACAUUUUACAAAUGUACUUAAAACACAAGGCCUGGUGUAUGUGUAUGAAAUGAAAGAAUUCCAUAGCUUCAUUUUACCAAAUGAACAUACCGGUAAAGUGUUGUUGAUGAUUGUGAUCAAAAUUUGAUUAUUGGGCUCUACAGAUGUAAUUGUCGACUGUGAAAAUGCAUAAUAGAUUGUCACUGAGCAUUAUCUGUAGCCUGAUUGUUUGUACAUUUUAUAUAAUGGAAUUGGUGUAAAUAUGCUGGGGUUUGGGUUUUAUUUUUUAUAUGUACAAAAGAAAACAAAUACUGAAUAUGUAUUAAAGGUAGAAUUAGGAAUUUGUAGGGUCUAUUCUGGUAACUAUGACAAUUGGUACAUUCUCCAAUUUUAAUUUGCAUGUGGCAUUUUGAUGAGUGGCAGUUUUAACUGCAUGAUAAUAAAAAUACAAUAAGGAGCUUAUGUUUUUGGGGGUGGGUGUAUUUGUUUUUUUGAGGGGUGGGGUGGGAAAUAUGAGAUUAGUUAAGAAAUAUUUUUACAUGAGGCAGAAUCAAAUGAUGAACAAUUGUAUGUAACAAAAUAAAUUUAAUGGAUUAUUUCUUUAAAUGAAAAUACCUUUGUGAACAACUACAUAUACAUUUCACUUCAUUUCAAAGCGAUUGUCUUCAGCUUGUAGCCAUUCUAUAAUAUAAAAAUUACAAUAUACAUGUACUGUGGAAUAUCAAAACGAGCGUCUGUUAUGUAAACCGGCACAAUCUCUAAGUCCUGUCCAGUUAAAAUAACUUUGUUUGAACUGUGGCGUAGCGUGUGCGGGGCCACCGAAGCGGUUGCCCUGGGUACAAAAUUCUGGACUGGUGGAAGGGACUCGGGGGGAGUGCUAGCAGUCCACUGGUUAGGGGGCGCCAUACUUGCCUUGCCCCGGGCACUGGCAACCCACGCUACGCCACUGAGUUUGAAUCUGUCAAAUCUGGUACUCUGACUGUGUAUGGUGUACCGGUGUAGUUUAUCGGUCCCCUUUGAAUCCAUUUUUAUUUUGUCUGUCCUCUUUGAAUCCAUUUUGGGCAUUAUUCUGACAUUUUUCCCCCCUGUUUUUUUAUUGUUUUGCAUACAAUAUGAAUUCUUAUAUUAUUAUAUAUUUAAUGCAUAUCUAGUCAUCUUAAAGACAGUAAAGUUUGCAGACAAUAAUUUGGUACAAUUAAUUAAUUUUUUCUUGUAUCUUGGACUACAAAGGUUUUUUUUUUUUUUUUUAGAUAAUCAGGUCAGAAGGAAUCCCAUAUGUGUUUAUCGAUACAUGUAUAAUGCUUUUUAUCACUGACCAAAAAUAUAGCCGAACUCAACUUGAGUAUUUCAGAGUAGAUUUUCAAUAAACAUACUCUUUAAAUCAUUUGUUGAAGUACAGUAAAUACAAAUAACUUUUAGUUUUGCGAUAACAAUACAAAACUUGUAAAUUUAUUUGUGAAUUAAGAGAUUAGAAACGCUUUUUUUAUGUGACAGAAUGUAACUAGCGUCUUACAAAUAAUCAUACAAAUAAUCACGUCAUGUAUCUUGUAUGAUGUCAUACGGCAAAAGCCUUGCUAGGUUGACAAUACUCUAUUUGUGUACACAAAACUGGAAUAAAUAAUGAUUUUCCGAAUAUUCCUGUAGUAUUGCAGGAUAAAAGAAAUAACUGGUUUCCGUCUUAAGAUAUUGGCUUUAUCCUGCUCAGGUCGAAUGGUGAAUGCAGUUCGGCAGAACCUCGCUGCAUUCACCAUUCUAACCGUCGCAGGAUAAAGCCAAUAUCUUAAGACAGCAACCAGUUAUUCCCUAUAUAUUUUUAUCCCAUAUGUAAUAUGCCUGAGUAUAUAAAUGCAUUAUUUCAAUGGCUACAAACUAGGUCAGUCCUUCAAUAAAUCUUUAAAAAAUAAAAAUUAUUACAACAUUCAUAUCUAUACAAGGGUAGACGGACACAUUUUAUAAUUAUUAUGGGAAUAAAUUUCUUUAAAGUCAAGAUUAUGAACCCAUUUGAUUUGUUGGAUAUGUAUUACAAGUGGAAUUUAAAAACAACAAUUAAACUGUGGUUUUGCAGGGGCGUAGUGUGAUCUGGACGGGGGGGGGGGGGGGGGGGGUUCAAAUAUGGACCAAGUUGACCUUUUUCUAUUUUGUUUUUGCGCCACCAGAAACUCCAUAUGUAUAAACCUGUAUGUUUUAGUUCUGAAAGCGGACCAUUUGCUUCAGCAGGGGGGUUCAUCCGAACCCCCCGAACCCCCCUAGCCUACGCCCCUGGUUUUGCCUUAAUUAGUACAGGUAUCGUGUACAUAUUCUGGUACAUGUACUAAGUAUUAUGUUUGAAUGUAACGUUAUGUUAUUGUUGUUUCUGUUGAUGUUACAUUCGAGAUGUGUAUUAUAAUGUUAUCAAAAGGCUGUGAAAAGCUUAGUUAAAAAGUGAUUCAAAUUGUUUGUCAGUUCAGAAAUACUGAAUGUUUGUGGGAUUUUAUUGUUUAAUUUCUUGACUUGCGUAUUUAGCUUGCAUGUUAUUCAUAUACAUGUAUAAGAUACUGUUCAUAUUUACAUAACAGUGCAGAGGCGGAUCUAGGGGGAGGGGCAGAGCUCGGAUCCCCCUAAAUUUUGCGACAGUUAUAAUUUUAUUAUAUAUUAAUUUUCAUUUUUUUUUACGAUCCCCUCCAAACCUCCCCCAAAGUUCUAUUGGCAGUCUGCCUCAUGUUAUUGAGGGCCCCCCUAAAUGGAUUUUCUGGAUCCACCACUGCAGUGUGUGUGUGUGUGCGACACAUGCACGCACGCACGCACCUGUAUAUACACUUGGACAAACACAUGCACACACGUACGCAUGCAUCUGUACUAUAUACACUCUGAUACACACAUGCAUACACACACACACAUGCACACACACACACGCACACACACACAGAGGUAUAAUUAAUGCUGUUCAUGUUUUUCUAACCUGCUAAAAUUUUAUUAUGAUUAAUAUGAAUAAACAAACUGUCAGGGUUUCUUCUAGAGGGUUCAAAGGGUAACAUUUUAUACACUACAAUCUUGGAAAUUAGUGCAGACAUUUUUAUAUGUUUUAGAAAUAUUAGAGUAAGAUCACUGCUGUUUAAAAUUGGUCGAAGUACAUGAAAGGCAGUGUAUAAUUUGAACAGAUUUCAAGCCCACACCAACUACUAGGGGCACUUACUGUUUUGUUUUUAUAUUACGUACCUGUAAAUCUGAAAAUCAGAAAAUCUGCCAGUUUAGUCUAUAUGUUACCACCAUCAGCCAAUCUGUGCUAUCGAUCGAUUGCUCUCUACCAUCACUGGAUCUGUUAGCAUAGCCAUCGGUAGAUCAUGCUAGAAUAUAGCAAUCGUGCUGCACUCUUGGUUGAAAAAGUACUCAGGCUAUUUUAUCCUUCUGGGGUUUUGUUUUACUCAUUUAACUUAUAUAGUAUGUAUUUAUGCGAUGCUAGGGUCAGACUGUCAACUGUCAAGACUCGAUGGUUGCGGUGUAAUUUCUCCAACUCCCGACUUAUGACAGGUGCGCUCAGAGAGUGGUAAGAGUGCUCAGACUAGCAACUGGACAGUCGUAGAAGAAGUCGUGAGAGCAGAAAGUUGGCCAACUUUGUUGUGGCAGUAGUUAUUAAUAAAACAAUGUAUCAAACAUUACCACUACAGUGUAAGCAUAAUGCAAUUAUUAAUGGUAGUAGUCAUACACUUCCCUACGGCCAUGGUGGGUUUUUUAGUGUCUUCAAAUGUACUUGCUUAAUAUGUGUACUUAAUCUAACGAGGGUGAGACAUGGUUGGUUUUGAAUCGAUCCCCAAUGGUUGGCCCAUUAAGCUAUUUCUUGUUCCAGCCAGUGCAUCACAACUGCAACUCAUCACGACUCAAAAGUUGUGGUAUGUGCUACCCUGUUUUUGGAAUGGUGCAGAUAAAAAAAGGUCCCUUGCAACUAA